GAAAAUCGCCAUGGAAACUGUAAUAUUUUGUUAAGAACCUUGUAGAAUAUUAUUCAAACAAUUAAACAUGUCGUACGUUGCGUGGCUAGCUAAAAUCCGCAGUGCGGACAAAUCGUCCGCCAUCCAGGGCACGGUCCGGAAGGUGCAUUACAGUUUCGCCGAUGGAACGGAAAUGGUUGAGGAAUACAGCACAGAAACGGGAGUGAUUCUUCGCCGAGCAUGGAAGCUACGCAGUGAUUUGCUCCAGAAGGACGACUGGGAAAUUGAGCUGGGCGAGCCGAUGCCAAAGACACUCCAGAAAAACGCUAUGCUGCUAUCGGAAGCGUCAACGGAGCCAUUCCUCUCGAAAAGGAUCACCCGGAAUGCUAUCGAGUGGCGGAUCAGAAACCUGCCAUAUCCAUUGUGCACCUACACAAUAACCUGCGACGGGGAAGCCCGGACAAUUACCGUGCGGACAUCCAAUAAAAAAUACUUCAAGAAAAUUGUGAUACCAGAGUUCCAGAGAUGCAACUUCCCACCAACGCAGGAAGACUUGACGGUUCGGCAUCAGAACCAAACGUUAAUUAUAUCCUAUAAAAAACCACCCAUUCUAAUAGAAAUGGAGAAAGCUGUUCUAGUUGAGCUGCAAAACGUGGAGACCAUUGAAUAUGACAACAUCAAAUGUGAAGAUUUGCUCAAAGGGCUGAUUGGUCAGUAAAUUUACAUUAAGCAAAACGUAUGAAUAUAUUUUCAUACCUAUCCGAUUUUCCUAUCUAUAUCAUGAUACGAAAUCGAAUGUAUUUUAUGUGGUUUUUGAUGCAAAACUGAGUCAAGUUCUAACACCAACUGCUGUCAACCUGUAUUGACUGAUUUUGAUUAGGAUUGGCUAACUCAGUUUCAGAAUCAAGUAACUUAAUACGCAUUCUGUGUUACGACGGGUUUAUAGCACAAUUGGUCGGUAUUAAGUCAAACCGGACCAAGUGACGUAUUAAUUUUAAGAAAAACGGGUUCAUAGUUUGAACCCCAGCAUCCUUUACGUUAUAAUUCAAAAUGUAUUUUUGCCACAAUAAUUAUUGCUUAUUGUAACAUAUUUCAAAUCUGGUAAAAAUCAAAUGCGACUGAAGAAAUGCUUUAUCCAGCGUUAUCAUAAUCUCAUUUUUUAAAAUUUUGCGACUUAGACCGGUCUGACUUAAUACCGACGAAAUUUAAUGUGAUUGAAUCAAUUUGUAUACUAUCUAAAUGGAAGUCACACAGUUUUAAAGAGUCUACAAAUACUUAUUAGUUGAAUAUGUUCUGUAGAAUCUACUGCCGACAAGUUAUGAAGGAAGUGCGUACUAUACGCAAGACAUCGUUAUUUUGACUUCCAAGAGAACCAAGGCGUAAUCAAUUGAACUACGUUAAUUACAUUUUU